AUGUCUCAAAAAGAUUUUUCUUCUUGUUCUUCUAAAAUUUCAUCGGAAAUUAAUCAUAAUGAACGACGUUAUUGUAUAUGUCAAAAAAAUGAAGAUGAAUUAUAUGAACAAGAUAAUGAAGAUGAUUUUAUGAUUGAAUGUGAUGGUUGUAAUGGUUGGUUUCAUGGACGAUGUGUAUCAUUAGCUAAUCGAAUUGCUGAUGAUAUUGAAAAAUAUUUUUGUAUGGAAUGUUCAAAACAAUAUGGACCUUCAAUAUUUAAACAACAACAAAAUCAACAUAGACGAGAUUAUACUGAUCCAAUACAAAGUGGUACAAAAGUUUUUAUAAAUAAAUUAAAACAGAAAACAUUUUUAGAUUGUGAACCAGUAAUUUUACGAAUAAAAGGUGAUCAAUUAACACGUGAAUAUUUAUAUAAAAAUGGUUUUACAAAACCAAUAUUAAUAUCAAAUCGUGAUGGUCUUGAAUUAACAUUACCAAAUCGAAUGAUAACAUUAGAAGAAAUUAAUAAACUUAUUGGUGAUGAUCAAUAUAUUGAUAUAAUUGAUUGUGAAAAACAAGUGAUUUAUAAAAUGAGUUUUAAUGAUUAUGUUGAAUAUUUUGAAAGUUAUGAUCGAAAUAAAAUUUAUAAUGUUUUAAGUCUUGAAGUUUCGAAUACAAAAUUGGGUGAAUUCAUUAUUGUACCUAAGAUAGUUCGAGAUUUAUCUUGGACUACUACUGGCAUUUGGCCAAAUAAGAAAAAAGAUGAAAAACUUGAAGACAAUGUCGAUAAAAAUGAAACAAAUCAAUUAAAAAAUAAAAGAGCAUGGCCAUUAGAAUCACCUGUAUUAAAAAGAAAAAGUCGAACAGUUUCAUCGACGACUGAUACGGAUCAAAGUGAUGAAGAUGAAGAUUUAAAUUCAAAUCAUUUUGAAAACUUUACACGUCCAGAAGUAGCAAAAUAUUGUUUAAUUAGUCCACAAUCAUCCUAUACAGAUUUUCAUAUUGAUUUUGGUGGUUCAAGUGUUUGGUAUUCAAUUGUGAGAGGUGAAAAAAUCUUUUAUUUAAUUGAACCAACUGAUGAAAAUUUACAAAAAUAUGCUGAUUGGUCUAAAUCACCAAAUGAAUCUGAAACAUUUUUAGGUGAUUGUGUUUCGCAUUGUUACAAAAUGCAUUUACGUGAAGGAAAUACUAUUUUGCUACCAUCAGGAUGGAUUCAUGCUGUUUACACAGUGACAGAUUCGCUUGUAUUUGGUGGUAAUUUUCUUCAAUCUAUGGGUGUUGAUAUGCAACUUCGUAUUUAUGAAUUGGAACGUCUUGCUAAAGUUCCACAAAAAUUUAAAUAUCCAUUAUUUGAAACAUAUCAUUGGUAUGCUGCUAAAUUUUUCUACGAAAAACUAAGAGAAUGUAAUGAUUUAAAUUCAUCUAUAAUUAAUCCUGUAAUACAACAAGCAUCUGAAUCAAUUAUUUAUCAUAUGAAUCGAUGGUUAACAAUUGAUAAACGAUAUCAAAUACGAAAUCGAUAUAUAAUACCGAAAGGUAUGAAUUGUGAAAAACUUUUACGUGAUCUUUCACGUGAACUUGAUAAAGCUAAAACACGUUGUGGUUCAUCAUGUUAUUCUAAAUUACCAUCAAAAACUAUGAUAAUAGGUACAAAUAAAAUUGAACUUCUACAUGACAAUAAAAGAGAAUUAGUUCAAAUCGGUGAAAAUAAGAAGAUUAAAGUUAAAUGUCGUCGUUUAUCAACUGAUUCAGAAAGUAGUAAGAAUAAAGAAGCAAUAAUUAGUCAUGAAGUUCAAUUAACUAUAAAAUCAACAGAAGAUGAAGAUCGAAAAGGAAACAAUAAUAGAAAUUUAUUACGAACAAUACGAAAGAAAAAAAUUGGACGACCAUUAUUAUCAGUUAAACAAAAGAAAAAUGAUAAUUAUUCACAACAUGGAGAUCCAUCUAGAAUAUCAUAUAAACUUGGUCUCAAAACUAAAAGACAACAUUUUAUUCAUAAUUCUCAUGUUAAACCAAUUUUGGAUGACAUUGAAUCAGCAAAUGAUACAAAUAUUUCUUCAGUAUCCAGCAAGUCACUCACAGAUCAUAUUGAAAGUCGUGAUCAUAAUAAAGGACUAUUCGACAUAACUGAUGAUGAUCCUGCAUCAUUCGUUAAAAAAUCUAUUAUUGAUAAGGAUUGUCAUAAAGAUAAUGAAAUAAAACAAGAUAAACGAUUUUUGAAACAGAAAGUUUCAUCAUUAAAAAAAUCCAACUUUAAAUCAUUUAAUACAGAUCAAGUAAAAAUAAGAAACAAAAUCAUCGAAAUAAAAAAAUCUACAGAAGAACCAAACACAUCUGAAAUACUCCCGCCAACCAUAUCAAAAUCUUCAUUAUCAAUAAAAAAACGUUUAUUAUCAUCUUCAUCAUUACCGAAGAACGUCCAUUCAACAGAUCGUCUAGGAAAAAUUCUUAAAAUUACCAAUAACAUCAAAUCAAAAGGUGGAAUUUUGACAUGA